GUUGUUGCCCCAGGGAAGGAGCAGCCCUUAAUCUGCUGGUGCACUGCCCUUUGCGCCCAAAACCGAUCACAGCGUGUUGCAGACUAGGCUGCCCAAGAAGUCCGCAAAUCACUGCGUGAUCUUGCAGCGGCACGCUCUGCAUUAUUGGGUUUGCGCUAGAUAGCCGCGCUAGAUAUGAUCGCGAUUUGAAGACGGUUCCUUGAGCCCGUUCGAGAAGGUCCCGGUCCCGGCGAUGGCUCCGCCGGCUUCCCUGUGUAGGCUAGUGGGCCGCGCGAGAGCCCGCACUCAAAUGGCAGCGCCUGCAGGCCUGGAACGCGGCACGCAAACGACCCGUGCGCGCCGGCAUUCCACGGUCGCAUCGCUUCCGGGCGCGGUCGGCUGCCCACAGCACGCUGGCAGUACAGCAGCCCAUAAAAACAAAGCCAGCCCAAGCAUAAAAACAAAGCCAGCCCAAGAUGCCCGUCCAGCUCGAGUUCGGGGACCCCGAGCGCGGCGACGAGGUGAUCAUCCCCGUCGCGCCCGAGGCGCUGCCCGAGGACGACCGCGGCGCCUACCCCGAGGACACGUGCGAGGCGGACACGUGGAAGCGCUUCGAUGAGUACCCCCAGAAGAUGGCGCGCGCGACGGCCCACCUCGACGCCAUACCAUCUGACUGGAAACCGCCCGUGCCGCUGCACGAGAAGGUCGCGGCCGCCAAAAAGAAAAUGGGCCGGGCCCGGCCCCAGAUGGUCCCGGAGGAGCAGCCCGACGACGACGAGGACUUCGAGGUGCCGCUGGGCGACGACGGGCGGCCGCGGGGCGAGACGGCGUGCCUCGAGGAGGCGGACCGGCUCCGGGAGGAGCACCAACACAUUUUAAGGCUGCCGGAGUACUACCGGAAGUUGGGGUUGGACGAGAGUGUGAUUGAUCUGGAUAAGAUCGAGCGGGCCUUCGUCAAGGCUUAUAAAAAGCUGCAAAAAAAUAAGGAGGGCAAGGCGAAGCACCUCCUCGAGAUUGAUUAUGACGACCUGACCGUGGCCCAGGUCUGCGUCAUGGAGCACGCGAAGCACACGUGGGCCGCGCGGGGCCUCGGCAAGGUGACGCGCGCCGCGGACCUCAUCGGGAAGCAGGCGCGCGUCGUCCGGGCCUUCGGCGGCGACCGCGUCCGGGCCCGCGAGCGCGCCGAGCGCGAACAAGCGGAGGCGCCGGCGAAGGCCGAGGCCGCGGCGUCGAAGCUGCUAAAGCGCCACUGGAAGGCCGGCGACGUCGGCACGACGUCGGCCGGCUUCUCCGAGGUGAAGGCGCCGCCGCCCCCCAAAAAGUUCCAUCCUCCGGAAGUCGAGAUCAACCGCGGCAUCUACGGCUUCGACGUGCCCGAGCCGCCGCCGGUGUCCGAGGCCGAGCUCGCGGCGCUCCUCCGCGGCGCGGAGCUCGUGCGCGAGGCGCCGAAGGAGGCGGAGCCGGGGGCGAAGAAGCCGUUCAACCCGUUCCUCGUGAGCCACUAAGUAUGUGAUUUCUGUGA